CUGACAUGGAGGAAAUGCUGUCAUUCUGGGAUGUGGUCAUUUAUUUCUCUGCAGAGGAGUGGGAAUACCUGGGUCCUGCUCAGUGGAAACUGUACAGGGAUGUGACGUUGGAGAAUUACAACAACCUUGUGUUCCUGGGUCUUGCUUCCUCUAAGCCAUACCUGGUCAGAUUUCUGGAGCAAAGACAAGAGCCUUCAGAUGUGAAGAGAGGAGCGGCAGCCACUGUGCACCCAGGGGGGGAAAGCUAUACGUGCAAAGAAUGUGGCAAAGUCUUUGAGGCAAAAAAAGUGUUUCGAAAUCACCAGAUAAUUCAUUUAGGAGUAAAGUCCUACAAAUGUGAAGAGUGUGGCAAGUCCUUCCAUUUUUCUUCAUUACUUUCUGAUCACAAAAGGAUUCAUACAAGAGAAAAACCCUACAAGUGUGAAAUCUGUAGUAAGGCCUUCCAUGUUCCAUCAAAACUUUUUAAACACAAGAUAAUUCACACAAGAGAAAAGCUCUACAAAUGUGAAGUAUGUGGUAAGGCCUUCUACAUUCCAUUAUUACUUUCUAAACACAAGAUAAUUCAUAUGGGAAAGAAUCCCUACAAGUGUGAAGUGUGUGGCAAGGCCUUUGAAUAUCCAUCAAGACUUUCAAAACAUAAGAAAAUUCAUACAGCAGAGAAACCAUACAAGUGUAAAGUAUGUGGAAAGGCCUUCCGCUCUCCAUCAUCACUUUGUGAACACAGGAGAACUCACACAGGAGAGAAACCAUACAAGUGUGAAGUAUGUGGGAAGGCCUUCUAUUAUCCAUCAUUACUUUCAAAACACAAGAUAAUUCAUACAGAAGAAAAACCCUACAAGUGUGAAGUGUGUGGCAAGGCCUUCCAUUAUCCAUCAAGACUUUCCAACCAUAAGACAAUUCAUACCGGAGAGAAGCAAUACAAGUGUGAAGUAUGUGGCAAGGCUUUUCAUGUUCCAUCAUCACUUUCUGAACACAAGAGAAUCCAUACAGGAAAGAAACCCUACAAAUGUGAAGUAUGUGGCAAGGACUUUCGUUGUCCAUCAUUAUUUUCCAACCAUAAGAGAAUACAUACAGGAGAAAAACCCUACAGUUGUGAAGUGUGUGGUAAGGCCUUCCACACUACAACUUUAUGUUCUAUACACAAGAGAAUUCACACAGGAGAGAAACCUUACAAGUGUGAAGUGUGUGGCAAAGCCUUCCAUUAUUCAUCAAGACUUUCCUACCAUAAAAAAAUUCAUACAGAAGAGAAACCUUACAAGUGUGAAGUUUGUGGUAAGGCCUUCCAUUAUCCAUCCAUACUUUCUAAACACAAGAUAAUUCAUACAGAAGAGAAUCCCUUUAAAUGUGAAGUAUGUGGCAAAGCCUUCGAUUAUCCAUCAAGACUUUCCAACCAUAAGAAAGUUCAUACAGAAGAGAAACCAUACCAAUGUGAAGUAUGUGGGAAGGCCUUCCAUUAUUCAUCAUUACUUUCUAAACACAAGAUAAUUCAUAUAGGAGAAAAACCUUAUAAGUGUGAAGUAUGUGGCAAGGCCUUCCAUUACCCAUCAAGACUUUCCAACCAUAAAAAAAUUCAUACAGGAGAGAAACCAUACAAGUGUGAAGUAUGUGGAAAUGUGUUUCGUUUUCCAUCAUCACUUUCUGAACAUAAGAGAAUUCACACUGGAGAGAAACCAUACCAAUGUGAAGUAUGUGGAAAGGCCUUCCAUUAUCCAUCAUUACUUUCUAAACACAAGAGAAUUCACACAGGAGAGAAUCCCUACAAGUGUGAAGUAUGUGGCAAGGUCUUCAGUUAUCCAUCAAGACUUUACAAACAUAAGAAAAUUCAUACAAGAGAGAAACCCUACAAAUAUAAUGUAUGUGGCCUGGCCUUCCCUUGUCCAUAAUUACUCUCUGAAAAGAAGAGACUCCAUACAGAAUUUGGAAGUCACAUGACCAG